AGCGGCCCCGGCUCAUCCUCGUUCCCCGCGGCCAUGAGGCGCCCCGGCUCCAACCCGCUGGAAGCCUUCAACUACAUAGCGCGGGAUGACUACUGGAAAAGGCAUAUUGAAAGUGAAAGAGACGCUGCAAAAAGAUGGGCCGACAAAUGGGGAUUUUUGAAAACACCGCUUGAGGAGUUGCUCGGAGAAGAAAAGAAAGUUGCAAAGCCCAAGAUAGAGCUUCCAGAUCACCUGCGGGUUCGUCCUGUGACACCUGUGGAAAAAUACAUUAAGGUGCUUCCAUCUCCUCCAGUACCUAAAACUACCCAGGGAUUUAUUGGCUGGAGAUCAGGUAUUCCAGAGCUGGGACUUGAACACGAUUAUCAAAUCCAAAGCUGCAAAGGAACCGUCGAUACUAUGAGAGAGACCAUGUGAGCCCCCUGAGUGACAUUAUGAAAUAAAGAGUACACAGGCACAUAAUGAUUCCCUGCAUUCCUAAGGAAAUAUCCCAUAGUGGACUGUUGAUCAUUUCUGCAAUUUAUGUAAAAAUCCACAAUCAUUUUGGUAAAAUGUGAACAUUUUCAUGGAGCAUUUUACUUAAUUGAAAUCUGUGGCAUCCAAGCUGUUAGCUCUGCUUCAGAGCUUCUGCUUCUAGCUUAGAAAUAACAACGAAUAAACUCAGAUAAACAUCACAGAGUAGGUAAUAUUUUUGUUAGCACCGGUAAGACUAUAAUUUUAAAAUAUUCAUUGGAAGUUGGAAUGACAGAGCAAAUUUUGAUAAUUGUUUCUCCAUGAGAACCUCUACUCAUAAAAAACACUUUCAUGUAUUUUGUUUUUUGUGUUGGAUGUGCUUUGCAGGUAUUUCAUGUAGUUACACAUAUAAGUGAAGGAAGUUCUCAGUAAAGGAAUAGUGCAUACAAAGGCCACAAUGACACAAAGUCACUUUGAAAAAUCAGUUUUGGUAUCAAAACAGGGCUUUUUCCCAUUAGUUAAUCAGGAUGUAAACAGGUUACAAAGGAUUUAUGUGGCUUCAGUUUUGUGUAUACCAAUUUUGCACCAACCAGGAAGAGAUCCUGAGAACCAGCAGGUGAUUGCACUGGUGUAGCUCCCUCAGUGCUGUGGAGUUCAGUCUUGCACUUCAUCACGUACCCAAAGUUUUCCCAAGAUUUCUGGAAACUGAGAAAGAGACUUCAGUUGCAGCAACUCUUUGCACAAUAUAAUUCUAUCCAAGGUGAUUAAACCAGGAGGUUGUUUAAACAAAGAAGAGCCUCCAAGAAGUCAACACAGGCAGCUCCCUCUAACUCCUUAUCGCUUAAAAAGAGGAAAGGUUUUCCUCUUUAACCCUGCUGCAAGGUGUCCUUUGUGUUCUGCAGCCAUCAAUAUCUACUGCUUGAGUCAGCACUAAGUCCUUGGCCUUCACAGCAGUAAGUCAGCAGCUAGUGUUUGUUCUUCCCUUCUUCCCAAGAAAUGACUCACAGUGAUCAACAUCCCACCUUUAAUUUUUUUUACAUCCACUUCCAAAUGCCCACAAAAUAAUAAUAUUUUACUUUUUUCCAUAUUCUUUAAAAAUAAUGGAGAAGUGAGUCAUAUCCUUUGGAAAGAUUACCAAGGAGUGAGAACACAUAGCAGAAGCAACUUCAGACACUUUACUUAAAAACCAGAAUGAAGAAUAACUUGGAAUCAGACUCUGGAAACUUAAGUUAAAUUGUAGUUUAGCUACUAACCAUAACCUGUGUACUGUUCUUUGAACAACCAAGAUAAUUGUAAGAACAAUAUUUAAAAUCAGCAUGCUUUCUUGUCAUUGCCAACUUUGUAUCACUUGCUUAUUUUAAUCAUAUGGUUCUUCAGUUUAUUUUAAGGUCAUGAAAUCUUAUUCUUGUCUGAUUUAUAUAAACAGGUAUAAUAAUGAUUAAUGUGUAAUUUAGCAGCAAUCAAAUUACAUUAAUUCAGGCCAAAUGAAAGGGGAACUACAAGACCACUGGUUUUUAAAGUUAUAUUAGAGAACCAAAGCUGGCACCAAAUAUCCAGUGGAUGUUUGUAUGAAGUGGAAUCCAAAUCCAGAUGAGCCAUUGUUGGAUUUUGAAAGCCGAAAUAAAUUCUUUGUCCAGCAUCUACAGUUGGACAUUCCUGAAUCUUGUUCCGAUGACAGAAUAUUAACUCUGUGCUAACAGUAAGGGUUUGUUAUUGUACAUUUUGUCACUUAAGGUACCUUUACUUCAGGAGAUCCUUGUGACCCAGAGACUGAAAGGGUGCUUUGGAGAAUAAACCUACUCAGUGCUGUGCGUGAGACAUUUCUGCAGUGGCAAGAAAUUUCAGU